AUUGUUUAUAUGAAUAAAAGAAUAAGUUGCCAAUGCUUUGAUGUUUUGAUAAUUUUUUUUUGUACUUAAUGUCACACAUUCUUUCAGUAUUUUCAUGUUUCGUUUGGAAUAUUUCGAUUCAAUAUUCGCAGUAUAUGUUCUUUCAGUUUUGAUCUCAUCCCAUGUCUAAUUUCAGUGCAUGUAGAUAUAUAACAUACUAUCAUCAUAUAAUGAAUAGGCAUAUUGAUUUUGCUUUGAUAUUUUCAUAUCAAGUUAUCAAUGACAACUAAGAGUGUCGAAUUAAGUUUUCAUUUUGUAUUUGAUCAAUACAAUAUUGAGUUUAUUUCAUCUUAUAAUACAGGAAGACGUCAGUCAUCACAACCCAAAGUGUAAAAUUUGUGGUAAUCCUUAAGAAGAAGGUGAAAACCUUGUAAAUGAAAUAAUUCGAAAUGUGACAAAAAAGGUACUCACCCAAAAUGCCCAAGUUCGAGGAACUGAUAAAAACAGUUUGUACUCUAUUCAUACUUUCGAAAAAUAUUAACAGCAAUAAGCAAAGAAUUUGCAUUUUAGUUCAAUAAACCUCCGGGACUAUAUAACGGUACUGGGCAGCUCACAGAAGGGAUGAUCCGGUGGAACAGAUGCCAUUUUUAAAAUUGGUAGUUCAUGCGUGUCCCUUCCCUUCGGCUAAUAGCAAGGCACAAGGCCCUUUUUCUAGGAUUCUAGGAACAGUGUUGUGAUACAUCAUCAGGUAGAAAGGUUGUGCGUUAGUGUAUACGCUUGACUUUCAUUGACUUAAGUGAUUUCUAAAGAUUACUCUUUCAAUGGCGACAUCAUUUCUGAGCUCUGAGUUCAUUCCAUCAAUGAAUAUGUCAUGGAUCGAAUCCCCUCAGGAUGAGCCCCUGCAUGAGGCAGUCCGUCUAAACGACGAAACCACCGUCUUGCAUCUUCUACAGAAUGGAGCCAACCCCAACCAGACGAACGACAUGAACUACACUCCAGUGCACGAAGCAGUCAAAUACGGUCGCGAGGAACUGUUGAAGCACCUAGUCAAAUUUGGAGGGGACAUCAACAGGAUAGGAGGCGAUGGUUACCUUCCCCUCCAAAUGGUACCCUUGUCCAAACACCCUAAUUUUAUGAACGCAGUCUUAGACUGCAAACCCGAUCUCAACAAAAAAGACGUUUUCGGUACUCCCACUCUUAUCUACUACGUCAGGGAGCAUCCAAGCAGGCUCCAGGACAUACUGAAGCUACUUGAAUACGGCAGUGAUCCCAACCUAACGGAUAGAUCAGGAUGUAACAGCCUCCACCACUUGGCCAAUAAUUGGUCGAUCAGCAAAUCUGCAUUGGCCAGGGCACUCAUCAGUUACGGUAUUGAUGUGGAUGCCGUGACUCCUGACAGCAAUUUGUCAGCCUUGCAGUUUGCUUACAACCGAAACAACAACUCGCGGUUGAUGCACAUCUUGCUGGUAAACGGAGCUACCCUAAGAACUGACUGGGGUAAGAUGAAACCCUUCGAUUGGAAGGCUGCGUACAACGUUGCAGUCAUCUUUACUCACGGUAUUAUGAGAGGAUUGGACUACUCUGUAAUAAAGAAAGUGGUAAACUUGCGUUCAUUCUCUGGUGAUGAGCUGCCACUCUACAAUAAAUGCGAAAGGCAGCUGAAGAAGAUGAAGGUCAAGCGUAUAAGGGGUCAGCCUUUAACCUACUAUGAGUUCUUGAUGUUGAGCAAGGAGGAUUGCAGCAAGUUGAUCGUAGAUGAUGAUUUACGCAAAGAAAUCACAAAGACUGUUGUCAUAUUUCCGCAAUUUUCUGAUUUUUUUCUGGAUAAGCUGUAUGCUGGGGUCCAAUGGCGCCAAGAUAAUAAGAAAGCAGCCGAUUUCCUCAGUUCUUUGUUCAUAUUACCCUUGGAAGUUUCUGAGCAUAUACUCAGUUUUUUUAGCAACGAUGAUUUGGCUUAUUUACAUAGACGUUUGAGAAUCUUGUGAACUGGUAAGGGCUGGCUGUAGAAUGCUGAAAUCGCCAAUGUUUUAUUCAUUUUUUGAAACAUCUUGACUAGAGUCAAGUUGAAAGCGAUAUAGGACUGACUUCAUUGGAAUCCUGAACGGAAGAUAGGUUUUCAAAAUUAGAAUUGUAUUUAUAGGCAUCUUAUAGAUAUAAUUGAAGGAUGAUACUGACGGGAUUUUGACCCAUUUGAAAGAAAAAAAAUAUUUCCAUGUUGAAAACUAUUUCACAUUAAAAGGAAUUUAGUUCACAGAAUAAAAAUAAAUUACAUAAAAUUAUCAAAAAAUUAAAAGGGUGAUAUUGAAAAUCAAAAAAUUUAUUUACAAAUAACUAUAUAAUAUUUGAUCAUGUGAUGUAAUACAAUAAUAAUAAAUCUUAUAUUUAUUAUAAAUUAUUCAUUCAAUGAAUUCAAACAAAUGGGUUACGAUUUACAAAAUAUUUAAUUAAUUUCGGAUUUACAUAUAAUAAAUUUUAAAUACUAAUGAAAUAAAUCAAAUUGAAGCUCAACAAAAUGAAUGUCAAAAAUGAAAAACUAUCUAGAAUGAAUAAUUGAAAAUAUUUUUCAUAAGAUCAGCUCGAAAAUGGCUGUGAGAAAAAAUAUGAAAUAGGUUAUGAUUUACAUUUUCAUCCAUAUAUUGAAAAUAAACACUUCUCAUGUAUUUGGGCAAUUUUUAUUCGAUGAUCUUGAUAAUUUUUAGUGAUUAUUAAUUUUAGUGAUAGCUUUUAAGAUCAUUUUGUAUUUUUUUAUUGUGAAUAACAUAUUAAUCGAUACUUGAAUAAAUAUUAAAUGUUUUAAUUUUAGUUAUUCAUUUAUGAAUUCCCUUCAUAUUUUAUC